AUGGAAGAAAAGAUAUUAUUUCAAAAAUCUUAUCCUGAAUACAACGCAUUUAGAUAUCAUUUUGAUGUAUUAGAUUCAACACAAUUAUAUUGCAAGAGAAAUAUAAAAUCAUUUAUUGAAAAUGGAAAGUUAAAGGAUAAUUAUAUGAUUAUUGUCAGCUCUAAUUCUCAAACAAAUGGAAUUGGGACAAGAGAUACGAAACAGAAUACCGAUAGAUUGUGGCUAUCUGAAAAGGGAAAUAUAUUUACAACUUUUGUUUUCCUAUGGAAUAAAAAAGAUUUAAAGAAAGCUAGUUGUUUAGCUCAAACUUCUACUGUCGCAAUUAGCAAAACAUUGGAAUUUUAUGAUUUAAAAGCUCAAAUAAAAUGGAUAAAUGAUGUUUUAAUUAAUAAUAAAAAACUUGCUGGUUGUCUUGUUAAUUUAUAUUUCUUAGAUGAUACUUCAUUAGAUGAUUAUGUAUGUAUAAUGGUAGGAAUAGGAAUGAAUGUAGAAUUAUUAGAUGAUAAAGAUAUAUUAAAUAAUAAUUUUACAUCAAUUAAAAAGGAAUUAGAACAAAAUUUUAAUAAACUCAGUUCAAUUCCAUCAGUAGAAGAUGUUAUGCAAAAAUUAAUUGAAAAUUUUUAUUUAGCUAUUAAGCAGUUAUACAAUGAAGGAUUUUUAUCACUCUUAGAUUAUAUAUUACCACGCCUUCUAUAUAGAGAGAAAAAAGUAUUAAUAGAUCAAGAUAAUAAUCAAAUUAUUGGAUAUUUAAAGGGGCUAGCUAAUGAUGGAUCUAUUUUAUUAUUAAAUGACAAAAAUCAAACUAUUAAUGUAAAUAAUGGGCAUUUAUUUCCUUAUGAAAAAAAUUAG